AGUUAGUACGCUACACCAUUACGAGACAGAACAAUACAUAAUGUUGCUUUUUAUAACAAUCCUAAUGUUCAAUGUUUGGACCACAAUGGCAGCAAGUUUAUUUUCACCAAAUAUAAACAUCAUUGAAGAACUGGAAAAAUUUAAAAUCAUGGAAACAAAGAUCAAAUCCAUGGAGCAGAAAAUUGAGCAACUAAAAGCAGAAAAUGCAGGAAGGGUGAAAGUAGCCUUUUCAACCUCACUGUCAGAUUCAUCGGGUAUGAUAUAUAUCGGCCCUUUUGCACAGGAAACUGAUCUUGUGUAUAAUAAAGUAUUUACCAACAUUGGAAAUGCAUAUGAUUGUGAUACAGGAAUAUUUACUGCCCCAGUAAAAGGAGUUUAUUUCUUCAACCUUGUGCUCUUCACAAAUGAUGCCGUAUCAGCCGGGGUGAAACUGCUAAGGAAUGGUAAACUUGUGAUUGCAGUGACAGAUAACCCCCCUGCAAAAAACGGAGACUAUGAGGACACAGCGAGCAACUCGGUCAGUCUUCUUUUGGAAGAAGGGGACCAAAUAAGCCUAAAACUCUUGGAGAACCGUCGUAUCUACACAGAUGGGUUCAAACGUAACACCUUUAGUGGACACCUUCUUUUUACUAUCUAAAGUUGUAUGUAUUAAGAUACAAUAAGAAGCAAAAUCUAAAGCUGAGAAGUGAAAAAAAGCUUUAAAUUCAAUGACGCAAAAAUAUGAAAGUAUAUGACAAAAAUAAGUGACAAAUACGUUUGCAAACAUGCACUUCUGUCUGUUAAUUAUUACUAAUAAAUAAAAACUUUCAUUGUCAA